CAGAAUCUCUCCUUCAUUUUCAUCAAAAUACUUCAAAAAUAAAUUAAAUUUAAAAUUUUUGGGAUCAAAAAUGUCUGUUUUCAACGAAGUAAAGAUUUUGACGGCCUCCACACCAAUUAAUAUUGGCAACACUAAUAAUAAUUUAUCUCCAGAUUUUUUAACUAGAAAUGCUUCUAAUAGUACUAUUAAACCAGCCAUAAUUGAUAAUAAUGUAGACAACAAUGGGGGUGAGGCGACGCCGACAACUCCGGUGGCUAACAACAGCAAUUCGUCUACACCUAAUGCUAAUUCUAGAGUACAACAAAAGAAUCCAAAGCUUUACAAGACAGAACUGUGUCGCAGUUGGAUGGAGACUGGUAGAUGCAAUUAUGGGGAGAGGUAUAGUCAUAUUUUACGAGAAAUUAUUUUUUGA